AAAUCACAUGUCCGAAAAAUUUCGAUUCCGAAAUUUUUGUUUUAUUUUUGUUUUGUGUAAAAAGAAUUCAUCAUAAAGAUGCAAUCAAUGUUUGUACCGGCGUUGAAUUUAUCAUUUCAGAAUGUUCUUCGUAUAAGUUGCGUGAAUAAACGGUUGGUUAGCAUUGCAAAAAAUAAAAAAUCGCUUGAUGAAAUUAUUAAGAUACCGAAAGCUAUUCCAAGAGGACCUACGGACAUUCUAAAAGCAUUAGCUUCGACUGUCGAACAAGAUAAUACCGGUCCAGGUUAUCAAUAUAUUGAUGAUCCAUAUUUAACGCCAAUGAACAAUGUUGAUAAGCGCACUUAUUCUAUUUCAAAAGAAUCGGGAAGAAAAACGGCCAGAUAUUUUAUUGAAAAAUAUCCAGAAUUAUUUAUACGUGAUAUGUCUGAGCCAAAAAUCGAAGCAUUCACUCAUAAAGAAAUCUAUGAUGAAUCAAUGGAAUUUGAUGAAACAGAUCUACAGAAAUCGAUUAUUCGUUCUGAAGUGAUUAAUUCAAUUGUUUGCUAUGAAAAACUGAUCAAAGAUGGUAAAUCAAUCGGCCAGGAAACUGUUUAUGAUCUAUUAGAUUUAGUCUGUUUUUUCAAUGGUGAAGAUCAAAAAGAACAUUAUGUUGAAGAAGAUUUCUUUCAGAAAUCGGCGAAAAAACAAAACCUCACCACAUGGAAGGAUAAUGGUUUCGCUGAAAAAUUAUUCGAAUCUAUUGAACCGAAAAAUGAUCGUGCUUAUUCCACAAUCAUAAUGGGUAUGGCUAAACAUAAUCAAUUUGAAAGAGCAUUCUCUUUAUAUCAACAAGCAAUCGAUCUGAAUUUCAAACUUAAUACUGCAACUUAUAAUGCAUUGAUCAAUAUUUGUAAUGAUCUAUAUUCAUCAAAUGAAGAACGUUGGAAAACGGUCGUAGAUUUAUUGAAAACAAUGAAUACAAAUCAAAUUGCACCAGAUAUUGGAACAUUGAAUAAUGUUCUUAAACAGAUUUCUAAAUUUAAAUUUUUCAAUCAAAGUACUGAACUUGUAUUGAAAACAUUGAAUGAAUUUGCAUAUAAAUUUGGAAUUCGGCCUAGUUUAGGUACCUAUUAUCAUUUACUUAGUAGUUUUUAUCGAUCACGAAACAAUAAGAGCCCGUUUAUCUAUGAAAUUAUUGAUAAAAUUAAUGAUGAAAAAUUCGAACCACAAGAUAUGGAUGAUGUUUAUUUUUUUGCAACUGCCAUGGACAUUACAUUCAAUCUGAAUGAUGUACAACUUGCCUAUAAGAUUAAUAAAAUUGCUAAACGGAAUCCAAAUUUACUUGGUCCUAAUUCUAGUCAAAAUGUUUACUACUACAAAUUCCUGAAACUUUCAUGUCUAUCCGAAUCGAUUGAAAAUUUUAUCGCCUUAUAUAAUGAAUAUGUUCCACACAUGUAUUCACCAAAUGUUGAUCUAAUGGAUAAUCUGCUCAAAACGAUCAAAGUUUAUAAAGCCAUGAAUUAUUUACCACAAAUCUAUGAUGAUUUACGAUUAUUAUAUUAUCUUUAUAAUAUGGAUAUAUUACAAUCUUUAUUAUUGGCAAUGAAUGAAAUACAGAAAAAUGAUCCACUAUUAUCCAAAUUCAAUCAAAUAGUGAUUGAUUUAUUCAACAAAGUUAAUUUGAAAAUUUCAAAAAACAUUGAAAUGGGCUAUGAUCCAAGUCUUCAAUGGACUGGAAAAACAUUAUCAUUAUGUUUAUCCAUAUUGAAUAAAUGUGAAGAUUUAGAUAUGGGCUAUACAAUAUUGGAAAAGAUGUAUUCAUUAAGAAAUGAACUAUAUGAUCAACCAGAAUCACAAGCGUUAACUGAUUUUGCAAACAUGGCUUUUCAAAACAAACGAUAUGAUUACAUCUUAUUCUGUGUGCGAUUAUGUAAAGAUUUUGGUAAAAAAGAUGUCAUUGAUAUUAUUCGACAGGAAUUUGAAAAAUCAGAAGCCAAUAUACUGGAUGAGAAUUUAAGGAAUAAACUCAAACGAUUGCUCGUUUAAUGUUGGACAAUUUUCUUUGAAUACAAAUACCUGUUCUUCAUGAAUAUUAUCAGUCCGAUUG